AUGUGCGGCUCGCGCCCUGCGGAAGUAAACAAUCCUCAGCUGACGUGGACAGCAGAACCCGCACGAGCCGGACAGACCAGACCAACCGGACCUGACCGGUACCGAGGAGCAGAGUCGGUCCAGUCGCUGUCGUUACUUACCGCCGUGCAUGGACUCGGCCGCCGUCUGAAGGCUUCGGGAAAACUCGGUGAUCCCGUCACUCUCUUAACUCUCGGUAACCUCGGUACACAUGGCUGCAGCGGAGACGCCAGCAGGCCGUUCGCCGGCUGUCCGACGUCUCCCAUCUCGGAGGACAUCCCGGUGGAGGGGGACAUCUCCGUGCCCGUUGGCUCCACCCGGCGGGACGACGAGUUUCUCCCCCUGGACGAGCCGGUGAAGGAGACCAUCCUGCGGGACCUGCGGGCCGUGGGGAACAAGUUCGUCCACGUCCUGUACCCGAAGCGCAGCACGGCUCUGCUGCGGGACUGGGACCUGUGGGGCCCGCUGCUGCUGUGCGUGACGCUGGCUCUGCUGCUGCAGGGCGGCGCGGCCGACAGCGACGACCAGGGGGGCCCGCAGUUCGCCGAGGUCUUCGUCAUCGUGUGGUUCGGCUCCAUCAUCAUCACUCUGAACUCGAAGCUGCUGGGCGGCACCAUCUCCUUCUUCCAGAGCCUGUGUGUGUUGGGUUACUGCAUCAUGCCUCUGACGGCGGCCAUGGCCGUGUGUCGGAUCGUGCUGGUCGGCGGCUCGGGGAAGGUGAGCUUCGCCGUGCGGCUGGCGGUGGUGACGGUGUCCUUCGGCUGGUCCACCUUCGCCUCCACGGCCUUCCUCGCCGACAGCCAGCCGCCCAACCGCAAGGCGCUGGUGGUGUACCCGGUGUUCCUCUUCUACUUCGUGAUCGGGUGGAUGAUCCUGACGUUCUCGCCAUCGCAGUAGAAGACGAGGAAGACGAGGGAGGUCUUUGUGGAGGGAAAGGACUCAAACAAACGCCGCCGUCUGACGGAGACUACUGAAGUGACUGACUGAGUGUUUCUGCCUCUGCUGAGCAGACUGAUGAAGAUCAAUGACCCCACACUGACUCUGAGGAGGAGCUGACGCUCUGCUCCUUUAAAACAAUCUUUAUUUUCCACUUUGUGUUGCAGACAUGUUGAACUUCAUGCAGCUGAUUGUAACUUCCUCCUGUAACUUCCUCCUGCGGGCGUGUCUCCGGG